AUGGUCCGCUACGCAGCCACCCCAGCGGCCCCGUCGAAGUCCGCCCGCGCUCGCGGUGCCUACCUUCGCGUCUCCUUUAAGAACACACGUGAAACCGCUCAAGCUAUCAAUGGCUGGAAAGUCGACCGUGCCCUAAAAUACCUAGAAAAUGUGAUUGAGAAGAAGGAAGCGGUGCCAAUGCGACGGUAUGCAGGGAGUACAGGUCGAGCAGCUCAAGGCAAGCAAUUCGGUGUGAGCAAAGCACGGUGGCCGAAAAAGUCCGCAGAGUUCCUUCUCGGACUGCUGAAGAAUGCGGAAGCCAAUGCGGAUACAAAGGGCUUGGAUACGGGGAAUUUGAUUGUCAAGCACAUUCAAGUCAACCAAGCCCCGAAACAGAGGAGAAGGACGUACAGAGCUCACGGAAGGAUCAACCCGUAUAUGUCAAAUCCAUGCCAUAUUGAAUUGAUCUUGACGGAAGGUGAGGAGGUUGUGCAGAAAGGCCCGCAAGCAGUUGAGCUGGAGAAGAAGCGCUUGAAUGCGCGACAACGUGGGGCUAGGGUGAGGGCAGCUAUCACAGAAGGCUGA